AUGGCUUCCAAUAUGCGUGGGCUCACGCAGUUUAUUGCGGACAUCCGAGGUGCAAGGGUUAGAGAACUGGAAGAGAAGAGAAUCAACAAGGAGAUGGCUAAUAUCCGGAAAAGAUUCAAAGAUGGCAAUCUGGACGGAUACCAGAAGAAGAAAUAUGUCGCCAAAGUCAUCUUCACGUAUAUCCUCGGUUACAAAGUCGACAUCGGACACAUGGAGGCUGUGAACCUCAUAUCGAGUCCGAAAUACAGCGAGAAGCAGAUUGGCUAUCUGGCUGUCACGCUCCUGAUGCAUGAGAAUUCGGACUUCUUGCGACUUGUAGUCAACUCAAUUCGCAAAGAUUUGAAUGACAACAACGAGAUCCACAAUUGUCUUGCUUUGCACGCCAUUGCUAACGUUGGAGGAGUGGAGAUGGCGGAGGCUCUGACGGAGGAUGUUCACCGUUUAUUGAUCUCUCCAACAUCUCCCAACUUCGUGAGGAAAAAAGCUGCGUUGACAUUGCUCAGGCUAUACCGGAAACAUCCAGAUGUCAUCCCCGCUGCUGAAUGGGCCCUGCGUAUAGUAUCAAUCAUGGAUGAUAUGGAUCUGGGCGUAGUGGUGUGCGUCACGAGUCUUGUCAUGGCUCUAGCGCAAGACCAUCUUGACGCUUACGCAGUAUGCUAUCAGAAAGCAGUCGAUAGAUUAAAUCGGCUUGUCGUACAACACGAAUACCAAGCAACUUAUGCAUAUUACAAGGUGCCUACUCCAUGGCUGCAGGUGAAGCUUUUGCGAUUACUGCAGUACUAUCCUCCUACAGAGGAUACGACAUUACGCAAGGUCAUGCUUGACGUGCUUCAGACCAUGAUGAACAAUUGUGCCGAACCUUCAAGAAACGUCCAGCACAAUAAUGCUCAGCAUGCCGUGCUUUUCGAAGCGAUCAGCCUGGCCAUUCACCUCGAUACUAAUUCACCCCUCGUCACAACCGCGGCUGUCCUUUUGGCUCGCUUCAUCAGUUCCAAGGAAACUAACGUUCGUUAUCUCGGUUUGGACACGAUGGCCCAUUUGGCUGCGCGAACGGAGAACUUGACCGCUAUCAAGAAGCACCAAGGGACGAUCAUUCUGUCUCUCCGGGACAAAGACAUUUCGGUCCGUCGACGCGCGCUCGACCUGCUUUACAGUAUGUGUGAUACGGACAAUUCGGAGCUGAUCGUUGGCGAGUUGCUGCGAUACUUGAAAGUCGCGGAUUACGGCCUACGCGAGGAGAUGGUACUGAAGAUAGCGAUUUUGACCGAGAAGUAUGCUAGUACCUACAAGUGGUAUGUCGAUACCAUCUUGGAGCUGCUCAGUGCGGCGGGUGAUCACGUCGGCGAAGAGGUUUGGUAUCGUGUCGUACAAAUCGUGACCAACACAGAGGACUUGCAGGCAUAUGCUGCAAAAGUGGUAUUUGAGUAUCUCAGGUCGCCCUCAUCGCACGAGAGCCUCGUUAAAGUAGGCGGGUACAUUCUGGGCGAAUAUGGCCACUUAAUUGCCAACGAUCCGGGAUACAGCCCGAUGGAGCAGUUCCAGGUCCUUCAUUCGAAGUCUCAAUUUUGCGCUGCACCCACACGUGCACUCCUCCUCUCCACAUAUAUCAAGUGGGUCAACGUCUUUCCGGAGAUCAAACCCCAGCUGCUGAACGUGUUCGAACGGUAUCGACACGUGCUGGACGUCGAUCUGCAGCAGCGGGCUUGCGAAUUCUAUGCGCUUGCAUCUCGUCCAGAUGAUGACGAGUUGCUGCAGAACGUCUGCGAGGAGAUCCCACCCUUCCCUCCAAGAGAGAGCGCCCUCCUCAACCGUCUCAAUGGGAAGGACGCAUUUGCAGAGAGCACUCUAUCUAGGAGGGCGACGAGGAAACCUACACUCACGAAGGCGAAUGGGAAUGGUUCAGCGACGCAGGAUUCCGCGAACGAUAUCACGAGCUCGUUGAUGGGGCUCGACAUCUCUGGACAGACACCCUCUACCUUCCAGCAUCUGGUCUCCUCAUCACCAGCGGCUCUUGCCGAGAAGGGCAUUCCGCUAUUAACAGUGGGCCCCAAUGUAGAGCGGUGGUUUGACAAACUCACGUGGAGUAGCGAGGGUGUGCUCUACGAGGAUGUCCAGAUCCAGAUUGGCAUCAAGUCGCGGUACCAUGGACAUCUAGGACAACUCGCCGUGUACAUGGGCAAUAAGAUCUCUGCUCCUCUUAUCUCCUUCACCGCAACCCUCCAUACCGAAGAGCCAGACGCGUUGUCAGUGACGUUCGCUAAGAUCGCUCCGAAUGUGAUUCCGCCCCGAACACAAUCGCAACAACUGAUUCAAGUCGAAUGCAAGAAACCAUUUACGAAGCCGCCAAUAUUGAGCGUGUCCUACCUCGCUGGCGCGCAGCAGAGCAUCGCACUCAGAUUGCCGAUCGUGCUCACAAAAUUCAUCGAACAUGUCAAGCUCGGACAGGCUGACUUCUUCGAGCGAUGGAGACUGAUUGGCGGUCCGCCGCGAGAGGCACAGAGCAUCUUCCCCAUUAAUUUGACUGAGUCAGGUUAUGUCGACCGAGAGAAGCAGCGUCAGAUCGUGUCUGGUUUUUCGUUGAACAUCCUCGACGAGAUCGACCCCAAUCCAGACAACAUUGUCGGUGCUGGCAUAUUGCACAUGUCGGUGGAUGGGAAGGUGGGCUGUUUGAUGAGGCUAGAGCCCAACCGGGAAGCGAAGCUUUGUCGUGUAACUGUGCGGAGUACAUCGGAAGAUGUCGCAGCGGAAGUGCAGAAACAGAUACAAAAGCCACUCAGUGCGGACACUUUAUCAUGA